AUGUCUGCUAUUAGCAAACCCCUUCCAACUCAAUCCUGGGCUAUCGCCAUCAAGGACUUCGAAACUGGAGAGAUCGAGUGGAUCUCCUACACGGAAAGGAAGCAUGAGACGACUUAUGGAGGAAAUCUCCAGUGGACGAGUCAACUGAAAUUGGAGCAUUUCGCUGAUCCAAUCUACUCGGAUGAGGAGAAUCCACUAUUCAAGAAGAGACCGUCGAAGGGAGAGAAGAUUCUGGUGAAUGGAGGAGGACAAUCGGGAGUGACGACUGGCAGGAAGACAGGAAAGAUCAAUAGAGGCGCAGAAGCGAAGAGCAAGAAGAACGCGUCGAUUCAACAACCAAAGUGA